CUACCUCGUUGGAGAACUAAUUACCUAAUUAGGUGGUAUAGUAUAUAGUAGUAGCCAUGGUACUAUAGUUUAGACUUUAGAAUAAAAACAACUAAACUAAAUGAAAAAGAGAAAAAUAUAUUAUAUAGUAUUUUGAUUACUCACAGAAUAGACAAAUAAAAAAGACUUCGUCGUCUAAACACGUGUCUUUGUCGGCUACCUCAAUCGACAACAUUUCAAAAGGACCAGUUAUGUGAACAAACUUGCCUCCUCAACCCCAAACACUCUCACUUUUUUUUGUCUUUUUUGUCUCAUUCCAUCUUCAUCCCCCCUUAAUUCCCUUAUGUCAUUCUUUUUUGUAUAUAUAUAAAUUUCAUUUCAAACUCCAUCCCAUCCCAUCCGACGAUCUCAUCUAUCUCGACUUAAUUGGCGGCUUUCUUAUUAUUUCUACCCAAAUGGGCAGAUCUUCAGCUACUUCCUCUUCCUCUUCUUCUUCCAACAUUGCUGAAACCACCAACUACCAACCCCCUUUCUUCUCUUAUGACUAUCAAUAUCAGUAUCAGUAUCAUCAGCCUCAGUUUAUUCACACAAGAGAUCUCAGCACAGACCUUAAGCUUGGUCUAAGCCUUUCUCCAUCUCAAACUCCAAGGGGUGAGCAAUCAUCAGAAUGGCCUUCCACCAGCAUAAAUGGUCAUCAACAACCAGCACCAGAAGCUCAUCCGGUAAUGGAAGAAGAAGAAGAAGAAGAAAGCGAUGAAUACUGCGUUAAUGGAAAUAAUAAUGGGAAUGGAAGCUUGUAUGUUAAGGUUUACAUGGAAGGUCACCCCAUUGGCCGAAAGCUGAAUGUGUUGGCUCACCAUGAUUACCACGACUUGAUCACCACUCUUGAUCAUAUGUUCAACACCAAUAUUCUCUGGGGUGCCGAUGUUGAUCAUGGAGAGAAUAAUUAUGAGGAUUUUCAUGUGCUGACAUAUGAAGAUGAGGAAGGAGAUUGGCUCAUGGUUGGUGAUGUUCCUUGGGAGAUGUUCUUGACUGCAGUUAAGAGAUUGAAGAUCACAAGGGCAUGCCCCUGCUGACACUGCCACUGAUAUGUCAUAACUAAGAUCACAAGGACUGGGAGGGACUAGCUCCAAUUCCAAAUCUUUAUGUGCUGUUGUAGUGGAAGUAUUGAUGGACUUCUCAACUGCUUGAGCCAAGACAAUUUACCCAUGUGAUGUAAUUAAAUCCAUAUGCAGAGGAAACAAUCUCAGUUAGGUCGACAUAGCUAGCUAGCUAGAGCUUAAUCUCUCUACUGUAAUUAAAGACCAACUUUUUCAAUGAUCAAUAUUUUUUUUUUGGUUUAAUAAUGGAGCCAUGUUGAUGUUGCUAGAGUAACACAGUAGUUGCAUUAACUUGCUGGCACGCCAAGACUGACCACUACUAAUGAUGAAUUGGGUUGAGUUGAGACUUCUCAGCCCACCAUCUGAGUGCAUAACUAUACUCAACUUCUAUUCUAGUAAAGCCCACAUAGCAAACACAAAGUAGUAGAGUAGUAGCCCAUUUUGAACUUUAUAUAAAAUAAAA